CGGCAAAUAGCCGCCCCCGUUUCAUUGGACGGGCUGGGUCGAAUGCGAUGAGUAAUACCGUUUGUCGUGCUGAGUGACGUCGUGCAGCGGUAGCCGGCAAGCGGCGCGCAGAGUGCAGACCUCAGUUCGACACGGCGAGGAGGCACGGCAAGACCCCCUCUUCACCUAUUCCUACCCUAGUUUGUGCUACCGCACCCACUAUCGAUCACUUUCCUCUAGUCUUAUUUUAUUAAUUGUAAUUUAAAUAUGGAUAGUUCCGAAAAAGUAAUAGGAGGCCUUGCGAGCGGGGAUAGCGCGACCACGGACGUCCUCACUUCCGAAGCGACCAUGAAGCGCGACCAGGACUCCAUGGACGACUUCGAACACUUGGAUCGCGAGGGAAAACGGGACGACCCUGAGGAAUCUCUUAUUCACGGCGCGCAUGGUGCUGCUCGUCAUGUAACGCAAAGCUUCCUUGACAUGGAACGAGAUGAAUUUGUAGAUACACCACGUGCGCCUUCCGUCACUGAAAAAGCCGAGCAUCUAGCAGACAAGUUUACUGACAGCGAAUCUGACGCUGACACUGCCGGAGAGUCACCUUUACACCGACCCGAACCCUCGAAGCAGAGCGCACAGACUCCCGAGCCACCAGUUCCCGCACCCCAUGAUCCUACACCGAUCCUCGCGCCUACUCAAGCACCGGUCCUGCCACCCAUGCCUACCGUCGAGACUAAAUCCGAACAGGUUAAAGAAGUGGCACCCACGAAGCCCGUAGAACCUGAGUUCGCGGAACCCAAACCUCAACCUCCACCCCAACAACCUAAGCCGGAACCAGAACCGCUGAAACAGGAUCCUCCCAGUCCGAAACCAGCCCCCGAGCCUAAGCCGGAACCAAAGCAGGAGUCAAAACCGGAGCCGCAACGAAAGCCGACUGCACACGUGAUUGAAGCCGAGGUCAUCUUCUGCCAGAUGGGACUCGAUGCUUGGUUCGACCCUCAAAGGCUACACCCUGAAGUGGAGUCUCUGAUCUACUGGCGGUCGGCGGCACGGUCGGGCGCGGCGUUGGGCGCAGGCCUGGCGCUGCUCGUAGCCCUCGCAUGCUGCUCCGUCGUGUCCGUGCUGGCCUACAGCUCGCUGUUGGCACUCUCCGCCGCUGUCGCCUUCCGCAUCUACAAGAACGUCUUGCAAGCCGUGCAGAAGACUAACGAAGGACAUCCCUUUAAAUGGCUGCUCGAGAAAGACAUCAGCGUGCCGGCGGAGCGCGCCCAGUCGCUGGCCGCCGCCGCCACCGCGCACCUCAACGCCGCGCUCGCGGAGCUGCGCAGAUUGUUCCUCGUUGAGGACUUGGUGGACUCGCUCAAGUUCGGCGUGCUGCUGUGGUGCCUCACGUAUGUUGGCGCUUGCUUCAACGGCAUCACGCUUAUCAUACUCGGUUGGAUAGCGCUGUUCACGUUGCCGAAGGCGUAUGAGAUGAACAAGCCGCAAGUGGACGCCAACCUCGAGCUGGCGCGCGCCAAGAUCAACGAGAUCUCCGCCAAGGUGCGAGCGGCCGUGCCUCUGGGCAGGAAGGCGGAGAGCGAGAAGGACAAGUAGAGUGUGCGAGCGAGAGGGCACACCUACAGCCAACACGCAGUUCUUUUAGCGCCGGAGUUUCACUCACUGUUUGUUAUAUUUAUUAUUACUGUAUUUAAUAAAGAUACACCUACUUUACGUGUAAAGCUUUAUGAGACGAGUCAUGCGGAGAUUAUUGUAUUUGCUUUUUGAAAUUUUAAAUUAAAAUAACUGUCGAACCAA